AUGCCCCAACCUUGGUUGGUGCGAGCGGUCUUGGGCAAGGACCAGGCAACUAUUGUCAUCAAGAGAUUGGUGGCACAGCGGAAAGACGCAGGCAUAUUGAGGAAGACGAUCAAGAACUGCCUCCAUCAAGAGGAUCUCAGGCCAGUGAAAGAUCCAGGCCGGCAACAUGUGUUGUCCGUGCUAAGUCAGCCUGCGACAUGGCAAGACCCUGCAGCUCCAAGAGAUCAGUAUCGCGGAAACCUUUGA